UAGGUGUACGAUUCAAUAGAAAGAUUUUAACCUGUAAAAAUACGUGCAAGUUGUUUGGAAAUACCUUUUUUGUUGGACAAAGUUGUAUCAGAUUACAUCUGAGGGCGGGUUGUGUGGGUCAGAAAUUUAUCAAAGGAAAAUAAAGUUGAUUGAAAGCAAAUUUGUUUCUACUUUAUUGUUCAUCAUGGACGUUUGUAGACAGUACGGUAACAUCGUGGCCACCUUAGCUCAUGGUUGCAUUAAUAAACUUAGAGAUUUAACUGCACCUCUACGUGACCGAAUCAGCGAUGGAAAAUCUCAGCGGAAACUCGUCCUUGUGAUCGUUUGUGUAGCACUACUACUUGACAACAUGCUGUACAUGGUUAUUGUUCCGAUCAUAACCGAAUAUUUUAAUAAAAACGAAACAAAGUCCGCAGUGCUUUCAACAACAUCGCAAAUAAUGAAUGACUUUAUCAGUACCCCAUACAUCAAUAACGCCACACCCCCAGCAGCACUCCAAUCUCAUCUACAAACUUCUGGCCCUGACAAAGACGGUACUGAAGACACUUUAACCGGAAUCCUGUUUGCGUCCAAAGCAAUCGUGCAAUUAAUGGCAAACCCGUUUACUGGAACCUUUAUAGAUCGAGUUGGAUACAUAAAGCCAUUAACUUUGGGGCUGAUGGUUAUGUUUUUAUCCACAGCGUUGUUUGCUUGUGCAGAGGGCUUUGCUGUAUUGUUCUUAGCUAGAAGUUUACAGGGUCUCGGUUCCGCAUUAGCCGAUACAGCAUCCCUUGGCCUCAUUGCCGAUCGUUUCCAAGAUGAAGCAGAGAGAUCAAAAGCGCUUGGCCUCGCUCUAGCAUUUAUAUCAUUUGGUAGUUUGGUUGCGCCGCCGUUUGGUGGAAUACUCUAUGAAUUUGCCGGUCGAGAGUGGCCGUUCCUUAUUCUCGCAUUUGUGUGCUUGAUAGACGCCAUGCUUCUUUUAUUGGUACAGAUCCCAAGAGAGGAUGAAACAAAAGCAAAAGUUGGUAACCUGCCAGUUGGUACACCGAUCUAUAAGCUUUUUAUUGACCCUUAUAUAGCAGUGAUAGCCGCUGCGCUCAUGGCAGCUAACUUUCCUCUCGCAUUUUUAGAACCUACAAUCGCCAAGUGGAUGCACGAAACCAUGGGUUCCUCUAAAUGGCAAAUUGGUUUAGUUUGGUUGCCCGCGUUCCUGCCCCAUCUUUUGGGGGUUUAUCUAACUGUACGACUAUCAGUUAAGUACUUCCGCUUCCAAUGGCUUUAUGGAGCAAUUGGUUUGUUACUGAUUGGUGUCUCUACCGCUGCUGUCCCCACUUGUCACACCUACGGGAUUCUAAUGAUCCCACUUGCUAUCAUGUGUUUUGGGAUUGCCCUGAUCGAUACAGCUUUACUACCUACCAUGGCCUUUUUGGUUGAUGUUCGCCACACUAGUGUUUACGGAAGCGUUUACGCAAUUGUUGAUAUCUCGUAUUCUGUCGCGUACUCACUCGGUCCUAUACUAGCCGGGCAAGCAGUUCAAAAAAUCGGAUACUUAAAAAUGAAUGUGGCCAUUGGCUUGGCAAAUAUGCUUUUUUCACCUUUGUUGAUCUUUCUACGAGAAGUGUAUGAUUGGAAACCUGAUAAGAGCGAGAGAGCUGUUCUUAUUGAGGAACCAACGGUUAAUUCGGACUGUGAAUCUCCAGAAAGUAACGUUUCUGAAGUACAAAAACAACUUCCGACCCAGUCUGAUAAUUCACUGUACGUGGUUCAACGACCAAGGACCCGCCAAGGCAGCGUAGUGUCUAGUGAAGAUGAUGAAAGUCCAGAUAUACCAAACCGACGAUUCAGUAAAUCUGACGCAUUAAAAAUAACGAACCAUCCGUCACAUGUAUCAAAAUAUAACGUUCAAUCAGCUCGAGAAGAAACUUUUAAAAGCAGACCGAGACCUCAACCACGAAUGAAGACAUCGGUGAAGAAAUCAGCAGAACAACAUCCGAUUGGUCGAUAUAACACAACUGUGUUGAAUGGAGAAAACCAAGGUCACACAAAUGACAUCAGUAACAAAUAUAACACUCUCACAACUUCGCUGUCAAAGGGAGAGUUUACUGCACUUGCAGAUAGUGGUUUAGAAGUUAGGAAUCCAUGUUUUGAGAACGAUGGACAUACAUACCAACGAAAAUAGUUAAUUCCAUGUGCCAAAAUAGUUGGGCACUGGCAAUUUAACCUGCUAUUGUAUGUACAAUACAGCUCAACUAUUUGGCUUAUUAUCACAAAUAUAAACGCGCACAUAAUAUUAUAAAUGAAUAUCGUUCAAUGUCUUCGUUUAAUGUUGUCAUUUCAAAAAGAAUAUUCAGUCUACAGUUAAUCCUGAUUAAAAGGUCCCAGCCGUAAGAUACAUAUGUUGUUUAAACUCAUUCGUCUUACUCCGUAUUAUUUUACUUCUUUUAAAAACAACAACGUCAUUUAUAUACAUGUGUUAUGCUGUGAUUUCGCUUCAUCGUAGCUCAAUGUUACGGACAACUUUCAAUCAUAUAUUCUUCCGCCGAAUAAAACUGACAUAAUUCAAG